UUUAAUAUCAUAGCUUACCUUGAGUGUGGUUAUUGAGGCUGGUGGCGGAUUUAUCCAUUUGCGGUUUGGCUAUGGAUAUGGACGUCGACAAUCGGACUUACGCGGCUGGCGAUGGCACAGCAACACCAAAUUCCGCUGAUGCGUUCUUCCAGAUCCGUUUGAUCACGAAAUCCCCAAAAUUCGCCGUUCCUGAUGUCGCGUACUCUGUGCCGAGUUCCACGAGGUCGCCAGACUUGAAUUCUCUUUUAAAUCAGCUAUUGUCUGAUAAUGCCGCAGAAUGGACUGAAGUCCAGUUUGAUUUUCUCAUUGACGGAGAAGUUCUUUCGGAAUCCAUCGGAGAAUAUGCUGCCAAAAAAGCAGUUUCAUCGGAAAGUGUUAUAUCGGUGGAAUACAUUGAGCAUCUCCCCGCGCCAAAGCCCGACCAAAGUAUCGAACAUUCCGACUGGGUGUCCGCACUGCACAUGUUAAACGAUGUGAUUCACGGAAGUUACGAUAAAACCGUUUCUCUGUGGUCACGUUCCGGUUCACUUCUUUGCCGCAACGAAUCCCAUCUCUCACCUAUUCGGGCCGUGACUUUUGUGGAUGAAUCCAAUUUCCUGUCGUCCUCACAUGAUCAGACCGCUGCGUUGUGGUAUUUGGAGAAGCAGGGAAAGAAGUUGUCCUGCCGACCGCAGGCGUUCUAUCGUGGACAUGCUGGUAGUGUGGACGGGCUGUCGGUGAGCCCCGAUAAACAACGGUUUUGCUCAGUAUCGUGGGAUAAAAUGCUGAAGAUUUGGUCUUUGACGGAGGAAGCAGACGAGGGAGUUGGUUCGGACGGCGAACCAGCCGACAAAAAGCAGAAGAUUGAUGGGAAAAAACUGACUCGGGUUCCGUUGAUGACUUUAUCCGGUCAUAAGGAAGCUGUCAGUACGUGUGUGUGGACGAACCCUACCGAAAUUAUCACUGCAAGCUGGGAUCAUACGAUUAAAUUGUGGGAUGUUGAGCUGGGAGGAUUGAGUCGACAGAUAGACGGAUCGAAAGCCUACCUGUCCAUUGCGUAUUCACAUCUCAAUCGCUUACUUGUCACCGGCGCGACUGAUAGGCUAAUUCGCUUGUUCGAUCCUCGAUCUACGGAGGGCUCUAUUGUAAAAACUGGAUUUUCCUCGCACAUGGGUUGGGUGUCCAGUGUAUCGUGGAGUCCUUUAAACGAAAACCUGUUCAUCAGUGGAUCUUACGAUAUGGUUUUGAAAAUGUGGGAUAUACGCAGUCCAAAGAGCCCAGUAUAUGAUAUGGCAGGACACGCCGAUAAGAUCCUCUGCGCCUUUUGGUCGCAGAAUAAUCUGCUUCUGAGCGGUGGAGCGGAUAAUGCCGUUAAAGUAUUUAAUGCAGCUGUUUAGUUUGGUGUGCGCUGAUUUUACAGUUUUAAAUGUGAACACACCGCAACCUUUACAUCUGGGCGCUGAACAAACUUGCUGUUUUUGUUGAACGGGGUUGCAGUAACGCAAAUCUCGGUGAAUUAAGAUAGUGUGAUUACUCUCACUGUUGUAAUACGGGUUCAUGGUUAGUUCUGUGAGCUGAAUUCGAUCCAAAGAUUCCUUUUACCACCAAACUUAAAACAUAUCAGGCUGUAAAAACGUCUCCUUAUUACAAUUCAGCUGUAGCAUGCCGGCCAUGGCCAGCUAUCGCUUUUUAGCAUGAAUACGCAACCGGCAAAGCAGGGUGUGCGGAA